AUGUCCUGCUCUGUAUCGGUUUAUUGCGAAGAUGAUGUCUCGAGCGUCCGCCUCCGCGGCUCGGCUGCGGCCCGCCUGAAAAAGGGUUCAGCUACUACCAUCGACGGCUUGAGGAAGCUCACAUCAAUGGUCGGGAUAAAGCCAUGUACCCGGGAAAGUGCAGCCGCAGCUUGCAUCAGCCGGCUCGUCUCAUGCAUGUCGAAAAGUGGAGCAAGCGGGAUUGGCGUCGAGCUGCAGCCAUGGUAUACAAGUACUCAUUCCGAUCCCGAGAUCAGUCGAGAAGUGAAGAAGAAGGGUGGGGACCCCCUGGCGUCGUCCGGAAGUAUUUCCGUAGCCCACACGGAUCCAUUGCCGGGGGCGUCUGGGGGCUGCUACAGAUCUCCCGGCCUAGUCCGCCUGGAGGGACCGCAAGUGACGGCGUGCUACGGGCAUCUGUGCGCCGCAGUACUGUACGAAGGAGCCGGCGAGCAUCACAUGCCCUCCCGCGUGACUGAGGAAAUUCCCGGGUCAUGA